GUUGUGCUUAAAGGAGACCGCACCUCACAAGUUGUCCAAGAUGACCAAGUCAAAGGACCCUUAAGGGUUGGCUCAACAGUGGAAGUGAAGAGCCCAGAGGGUAGACAUAGCGAAGCUGUCAUCAGCAAACUCACAGAUGCCAGCUGGUACACUGUGGUUUUUGAUGAUGGAGAUGAGAAAACCCUUAGAAGAACUUCACUGUGUCUUAAAGGCGAAAGACAUUUUGCAGAGAGUGAGGUGAGUGCAGAAGAUGAAAAGGAGUCUUCAUCGAGUGAAGACGAUAACGAUGACAGGAGGAGGCUUAAUGAUGAUCUUUUGGGGAAAGUUGCCUCCAUUCAGAGUGGCUCAGAUAGUGAUUCCUGGCACUAUGUCCUGGUGAUCUCUCCAAGCUGUAAUGAUGACAUAACUGUCAAAAAGGACCAAUGUUUAGUACGAUCAUUUGCCGAUUCCAAAUUUCACACAGUGGCACGCAAAGAUGUUCAGGAAGUAAACAUUGGCACCCUCUCCAAACCUGAGUGCUCUAACAGGAAAGGGUUUGAAGCAGCACAUCACUUUCUACAGGCCAGACAGGUCCCUGACAACUGGAAAGUAAACUUGAGUGAGAUUCUUGAAUCCUCUAGCAGUGAUGAAGAUGAUGAUGAGAAUGGUGAAGGCAAAAAGGGUGAAGAGGAGGAGAAGGAGCCAGAACCAGAGGAACCUGAUGAUGAGCCAGAUCCAGAAGAAAGAGACCACUUUCUACAGCAGCUUUACAAGUUCAUGGAGGACAGAGCCUAUAUUUUCACUUUGUUGAAUAUAACUCCCAUUGAUGAUAUUGUUAGUGAUAAAAUAUUACAUUGCUUAUCCUUUGACUUGAACCUCAGGUACCUGUACGGAUUUGAGGAGUACUGCCGCUCUGCUCAGAUUCAGUUCAGGACAGUGCACCACAACGAGCCACGGCCAGACCCCCAGCCGGAAGUACAGUGCGUUAAGACUUCGGAAAAAGAGAGUGAAGAUCCAGACGAAGUGAUGCAGCAGGUUAUAGCAGAGCCUGGAACUAGUGAGGAAAAACCUGCGGCAGAUGCUGAGUCAGAUGCUGAGAGCGAAAAGGGACGCAAAGAUAUCUGCUCGCCCAGG